GAGGGUGACUAACAUUAAAGGACGUCUGGCAGUCUGCAGCACAGACCCGUGGAGUUACGCCGCCGAAAUCCCACAGAGUUGGACCGGAGCGGCGUCCCAGCACGAUCCCGCGGACGUAUCAGGAGGAAAGGGGACGGGAUAAAGAAAGUACCUUUACCAGUAAAUUCUGCCUCUGGAUAUUACUUUCGCAAGAGUGAAUUUAAAAAACAGACCAUCUUGAAUUAAGAAGACACUUCGCAUGCCCAAGAUGGAGGCGAAGACAUCAUUACUCGAUAACAUGAUAGGGGUUGGGGACAUGGUGCUGCUGGAGCCCUUGACUGAAGAAUCCUUCAUUAACAACCUGAAGAACCGCUUUGAACAUGGCGAGAUCUACACCUACAUCGGCAGCGUGGUCAUCUCCUUGAACCCCUAUAGACCCCUCCCUAUCUACACAGCUGACAAGGUGGAGGAGUACCGGAACAGGAACUUCUAUGAGCUCAGUCCACACAUCUACGCCUUAGCAGAUGAAGCUUACCGAUCCCUGAGGGACCAGGAUAAAGACCAGUGCAUCCUCAUCACUGGGGAAAGCGGUGCUGGGAAAACUGAGGCCAGCAAGCUGGUGAUGUCCUAUGUGGCAGCAGUGUGUGGAAAAGGGCAAGAGGUCAACAAAGUGAAGGAGCAGCUCCUGCAAUCCAACCCAGUGCUGGAGGCUUUUGGAAAUGCCAAAACUGUGAGGAAUGACAACUCAUCUCGUUUUGGGAAGUACAUGGACAUUGAGUUCGACUUCAAAGGAGACCCUUUGGGUGGUGUCAUCAGCAACUAUCUCUUGGAGAAGUCGCGAGUGGUCAAGCAACCCAGAGGAGAGAGGAAUUUCCACAUCUUCUACCAGCUCCUCUCAGGCGCUUCUGAGGACACCCUGAGAACCCUGAAGCUGGACAGGGACCUAGGCAAGUACAAUUAUCUGAGCCUGGACUCUGCCUCCGUCAACGGACUGGAUGACGCGGCCAACUUCCGGACUGUCAGGAACGCCAUGCAGAUCGUGGGCUUCAUGGAGGAUGAGGUGCAGUCAGUGCUGGAGCUGGUGGCCGCAAUACUCAAGCUGGGAAAUAUCGAGUUCAAGCCAGAGUCGCGCGUCAAUGGCUUCGACGAGAGCCGUGUCAAGGACAAGAAUGACCUGAAGGAGAUGUGCGAACUGAUGGGAAUCGAGCAGGCAGCCCUGGAGAGAGCCUUCAGCUUCCGGACCGUGGAGGCCAGAACGGACAAGGUGUCCACCACCCUCAAUGUGGCCCAGGCCUACUACGCUCGUGAUGCCCUGGCCAAAAACCUCUACAGUCGACUGUUUAGCUGGUUGGUGGCUCGGAUCAACGAGAGCAUCAAGGCACAAUUUAAAGCACGCAAGAAAGUGAUGGGGGUUCUCGACAUAUACGGCUUUGAGAUUUUUGAGGACAACAGCUUUGAGCAGUUUAUCAUCAACUACUGCAAUGAAAAGCUGCAGCAGAUCUUCAUCGAGCUGACGCUGAAGGAGGAGCAGGAGGAGUACGUGCGGGAGGGGAUAGAGUGGACCAACAUCGAAUAUUUCAACAACGCCAUCAUCUGUGACCUCAUUGAGAAUAAUCAGAGUGGGAUCCUAGCCAUGCUGGACGAGGAGUGCCUGCGGCCUGGAACCGUGACCGAUGAGACGUUCCUGGACAAACUCAACACCAUCUGCGCUGAGCACCAGCAUUUCGAGAGCCGCCUGAGCAAGAACUCAAAGUUCCUCACCGACCACAGCCUGCCCCACAGCUGCUUCCGGAUCCAGCAUUAUGCUGGGAAGGUGCUGUACCGCGUGGAGAGCUUUGUGGACAAGAAUAAUGACCUCCUGUACCGUGACCUGUCCCAGGCUAUGUACAAAGCUAACCACAGUCUGAUGAAGCUACUCUUUCCUGAAGGAAACCCUGUCAAGGUCAACCUAAAGAGGCCCCCCACCGCUGGCUUCCAGUUCCGAGCCUCAGUGGGCACACUCAUGAAGAACCUGCUGACCAAAAACCCCAACUACAUCAGGUGCAUCAAGCCCAAUGAUAAGAAAGCAUCACAUAUCUUCACCGACUCGCUAGCGUGCCACCAGGUGCGAUACCUGGGCUUGAUGGAAAAUGUGCGUGUCCGUCGUGCCGGCUACGCUUUCCGCCAGGCCUACGAACCCUGCCUGGAGCGUUACAAGAUGCUCUGCAAGCAGACGUGGCCUCACUGGAGAGGCCCAGCCAGGGAAGGAGUGGAGGUGCUACUGAAUGACCUUCAGAUUCCCCAAGAGGAGUUUUCCUAUGGACGCUCAAAGAUUUUCAUCAGAAACCCCAGAACGCUUUUCACCCUGGAAGAGAAGAGGGCGCGGUGUUUGGAGGAUCUCGCUACCCUUAUCCAGAAAAUUUACCGCGGUUGGAAGCAGCGCACACUCUUCCUGCUUAUGAAGAGGAGCCAGAUUGUUGUGGCAGCUUGGUAUCGCAGAUACGCGCAACAAAAGAAGUACCAGCAGAUCAAGAGAUCGACCAUCGUGGUGCAGUCCUUCAUCAGAGGGUGGAAGGCCCGCAUGAUUCUGCGUGAGCUGAAGUACCAGAAGCGGUGCAAGGAGGCAGUGACUACCAUCGCAGCUUACUGGCAUGGCACGCAGGCGCGCCUGGAACUCCGCCGCCUAAAGACGGAAGUGCGGAAUAGGCACGCAGUCUCUGUCAUUUGGGCAUCGUGGCUGGGGACAAAGGCACGGAGGGAACUGCGUCGUCUGAAAGAGGAAAAGCGGAAACGUCACGCGGUCUCUGUCAUUUGGGCCUCCUGGCAGGGGAUGAAGGCACGCAGGGAGCUGAGGCGUUUGAAGGAGGAGGCCAGGCGUAAGCAUGCUGUUGCUGUCAUUUGGGCCUACUGGUUGGGACUCAAGGUCCGUCGCGAGUAUAGGAAGUUCUUCAGAGCCAAUGCCGGCAAGAAGAUCUACGAAUUCACUAUUCAGAGAAUUAUGCAGAAGUACUUCCUGGAAUUGAAGAAGACUAUGCCUUCCAUGUCGCCCAUUGACAAGAGCUGGCCACCCCGUCAAUAUCUAUUCUUGGAGGGAGCUCACACAGAACUGAGGAGGAUCUUCCAUCUGUGGAGGUGCAAGAUAUACAGGGAGCAAUUCACAGAACAGAAGAAGACCAUCUAUGAGGAGAAGCUGGAAGCUAGUGAGAUCUUCAAAGACAAGAAAGCCCUGUACCCAAGCAGUGUUGGGCAGUCAUUCAAGGGCGACUACCUAGAGAUCAAAACAAACCCUAAGUACCAGAAGCUGAAUGCUCUGGUGGAUGAGAAAGUCAUCAUGGCAGACGUGGUAAACAAAAUCAACCGAGCAAAUGGCAAGGGUGCUGCGCGGGUCUUCCUUCUGACUAAGACCAGCCUGAUGCUGGCGGACCUGAAAACGGGGCAGCUCAAGGCCAGCGUGCCAUUGGCCGACGUCGCUGGGGUGUCUGUCAGCAGCCAGACUGAUGGAUUCUUUGCCUUGCGGCUCAAGGAGGGCUCUGCAUCCGCAGCCAAAGGAGACUUCCUGCUCAGCAGCGAGCGGCUGAUUGAGAUCGUCACCAAGCUCCAUCGCACCAAGGCCGGCUGCGAGGACAGGGAGCAGAUCGAUGUCGACAUCUCGGACGAGUUCCUGGUGCAAUUCAAGCAGGACAAAGUGUGUGUUAAGUUUCUCCAAGGGGGACCCAAGAAUGGCAACAGCGCCACCUGCAAGCGCAAGAACAAUCGACUGCUGGAGGUGUCUGUACCAUCACCCUAAAGACUCUUUCCCUCAGAUCCAGCUGUGGGGUUAUUCGCCGCCUCCCCCCCCCCCAGUUGCCACAUACCCCCAGCGACCUUGCCCUCACCCCGACCGUCACAAGUACUAUGCAAAAUUUUGAUGUUAUUAUUUAAAGUAAUCAUUUACCUACUGCUGAAUAUUGAAAAAAAAGUCCCACAGUGCCGGAGGGCCAAACCAGGAUACCUUUUCUGACCGAAUGGCUGACAUAGAAAUAAACACUAGUGGGUGAUAUACUGUACGGUCCUACAUGUCUGAGCACAUGCGAAUCCUGGUUUGAUGGUGAUGGUUGUUUCAUUUCUACAAUCUGUCACAUUCUGACGGUGCAUGUAUUUUGUACCACACACGCCGUACAUUGAGGUUCGGUAUACGCUGCCCUCCCCAACGGGCUUUGGGAUGAGGGGUGGUGACUGCGAUCUCCCAAACAUGAUCACGCAGAGGCGGGUCAGCGAGGGACAAUUUCAAACAUCCAGGCAAAAAAAAAAAGAAAAGGGCAGUUUGCUGAAAUGUUGCAAACUAAACAAUUGCACUUGUGCUCUCCUGGAUGUAUAUUAAAGAAUCAUAUUAUUUUUAUAUAUAUAUAUAUUUUACCCUGGUCAAAGGCACAAGCUAGCCUUUCAUGUAUUGCUUACACAUUUCCCGGAAGUUAUUCAUAGAAGUAUCUAACUCCUGUAGUAGUGAUGUGGGUGUUUUGUUGAUUUUGACGACUCAGCCACAAAACUGUGAUUCCCCACAGGAGGAAAAAGGACCAGGUACAGCAGAUUGUCAAAGAAUCACAAGGAGUUUUGGAGAUAGCUGUGCCACGCUGUGACGGCCUGCUGUGAUGGGCAUAAUGAAUGCAGUGGUUAACAGGCAGUGCCUUAGUGCCCGAUUCCCGGUGUUGAUAAGCCUUGCACACCAUUGCCACCAGGCCUGCAGUGAAACUGAAAGCCUGGGCGUUUCUGGGUUCCAGAACUAGCUGUAUCAAAUUAACAAAAGUGCCCACCUGAUGGGUGGGAGGACAGUUUCACACCAGUUCAUGGUGUGACAUAGUGAUGGUGGCCUGCUUCGGGGUGCUCUGUCAGUGUAUGCUCUUGUCAUGGUUUGCUGGGACCACUUCAUAUUUAGAGUGACCAUGUGGAUCUGAAAAAUCAGUUUUGGGACUGGCCCGAUUGGUCCUGGGUGGCUGCCGUCUCCCGGGGCAGUGUGCAGAUCCACAUCCGCUCCUGCCCGGCACAUAUACUUACAUGCACACAAAGAAAUGUCGCCCUUCGAAAGGGGCGUUUUUCUCCCCCCUCGGGAGCUUAUUUUUUUGGCUUGUUUACUCGUAAAUCAGAAGUACAGAAGUACGGAAAUGUGUAACCAAUCGAGUGCAAGUCACCCCUGUCCGUGCGUGUGCACUGGCUGGUUUGUUUUUUUUUUAAAUGUCACUAAUUGAGCAGGGUACUGGUGAGAAGAGGAGGAGCUUUUCUUAGGAAAAAUCUGCAUAAAUUUUGAGCUGAAUGGUACCAAAAAGCAACAUGGAUGCCUAGAAGUCUCAAACUCAGUACAAUCUAGUAUUUUCCCCUUUCCUCUUUUGUGUAUGUAUUUAAGCAAAAAAAACAAACAAAAAAAACAAAAGCAAUUGUUUGCAUUUUGUCGUGCCUCAUGUAACCAUUUCUGCAACGUGGCCAUCAGUGUAACAAACAGCAGUUAAUCUUUUUUUUUAAUUAAAGAAAGCAAGAAGUAAAUUA